CAAAUAUAGCCUGUUAGUGCACAGGCCAGGAAGCUCCAGUGUGUGGUGGCCGCGGGUGUCAACAGUCUCCGCAAUCCGGAUUCCACUGGGCAGGCAACGGGCAGGGGCUGGGGCUGCCGUGCAGUCACGGGUAAUUUCCUGCUCCCAACAUGGGACACAAAGUAGCCGUGUUCGACAUUUCUGUCAUCAGAGCCCUGUGGGAAACGCGUGUCAAGAAGCACAAAGCUUGGCAGAAGAAGGAGGCAGAGAGGCUCGAGAAAAGUGCAUUGGAAAAGAUAAAGGAGGAGUGGAACUUCGUGGCCGAGUGCAGGAGGAAAGGCAUCCCCCAGGCUGCGUACUGCAAGAAUGGCUUUAUAGACACCAGUGUGAGGCUUCUGGAAAAGAUCGAAAGGAACACCCUUGCAAGGCAGAGCUCACUUUUCAAGGAGAGAGACAAACGGAGCAGUCCAUUUGUGUUUGAACUUUCUGGGGAGCAGUGGACGGAGCUCCCGGAUUCAUUGAAGGAGCAGACACACCUGAAAGAAUGGCACAUCAGUAAUACCCUGAUUCAAAUCAUUCCUACUUAUAUCGAGCUGUUUCAAGCCAUGAGAAUUCUGGAUCUGCCAAAAAACCAAAUCUCCCAUCUUCCUGCUGAAAUCGGUCGUUUGAAGAACCUGAAAGAACUCAAUGUGAGUUUCAACCAUCUAAGGAGCAUUCCUCCAGAACUGGGAGACUGUGAAAAUCUAGAGAAACUGGAUUGUUCUGGAAACCUAGAAUUAACCGAGCUCCCCUUCGAAUUAAGUAACUUGAAGCAAGUUACAUUCGUAGAUAUCUCAGCAAACAAGUUUGCCAGUGUCCCGAUCUGUGUCCUGAGGAUGUGUAAUUUGCAGUGGUUGGAUAUCAGCAACAAUAGUCUGAGUGACCUGCCCCAAGAUAUAGACAGGCUAGAAGAACUGCAGACCUUUCUCUUGUAUAAGAACAAGCUGAGUUAUCUUCCUUAUGCCUUGCUUAACCUAAAGAAGCUCACCUUGUUAGUUGUCAGUGGGGACCAUUUGGUGGAGCUCCCGACGGCCCUGUGUGACUCAUCCACACCUUUAAAAUUUGUAAGCCUUAUGGACAAUCCUCUUGAUAAUACCCCGUGUCAAGAUGGUGUGGAAGUGAUGGAAAGUGAACGAGAUCGUCAAUGCUUUGAUAAAGAAUUUUUGAAAGCCUAUAUCGAAGAUGUUAAGGAAAGAGAAUCUGUUCCCAGCUAUACCACCAAAGUAUCUUUUAGCGUUCAGCUUUGAUGCCAUCCAUUAGAAGACUGCAGAAUCUCCCUGUGUCGUGGAGCUAUAAAUCUUGGUGUUGUGGAAUAAUGGUUUGCACUUAAGGACAAAGUCUAGAAACCACAGUCAUAGUUAGGAAAAAUGAUUUUCGGAUUUCACAUUUGCAAAUACUUCUCUCUGUGGACUGGAGAAUUGCUAAGUGGGUUUAUAUAUAAAAGUUCAUUUGCAUAUACUUGUUUCCAAAUAGUCACAUUUAAUAUUUUAGAAAGUGUGUUUUUUUUUAAAUUAUAACUUAGAGACCAAAAUCUGAAGUUGAUUACACUGUUUUUAGGAAUCCAGGGAUAAAGGGAUUGUAAAAAGAGCAUUUAUAUGGGACUAGCCAAAUGAGAUUUUAUUUUAUUUUGAAAGAGUUUUAAUGAAUUAUUUCUUUUACUAAGAAAAGCUUUCCUUGGGUUUAUACAAACUGCUGUUUUCAUAUAUUUUAAUUGUAUUUUGUAAGACUUUAGGUAUAAUUUGGGCAUUGAAGGUAGAAAGAAGAGCUGGAUUGUCUGCCCAUGCAUCGGGCACAGGAUACUCAGAUGGUGCGCUGGGAGUCCUCACAGAGGCAUAGUGGUCCUGGCUGGUCCUGGGAAGCCCUACGUGGCCUGCAUGGAUGGUCCUCCUGUUCUGAGUGGGUACCUUGGGGGUCCCAGGAUGCACCUUAGAGCAGGGAGCAGAGGCAGUACCCUUAGGGACUCCUCCUCCAAGGUGGCUUUACAAGGUAGCAGGGAUGACUACUUGUCCAUUACAGAUGAGGAGUGCCUAGGAAAGCUUUCCUGACAGGUGCUACAGGAAGACUUUGCCCAGGCCACAGUGCUGCUGUCCACAGGGAGCUCAUGAGACUGCUUUUUGUUGGCAAGGAUGGGAUUCAUGAUAGGGCUUUGGACUCUUACACCACAUCACAUGAUUUGGAGAAAUUUUACAAAUGUCUAUUUUUAUACCACGAUUUUGGGCUAAAAGAAAACAGGACUGUGAAUUGAAAAUAAGCUUUAACAAGUAGCUUUUGUGACUAAGAAGGAAAAAGUGCAUAUAUUUACAUAUAUUCCUAUAUGAAUUGACUCCUACAUGGUCUAGUUCAGUGCCAUCCAAUAAAAUUUUCUGCAGUGAUGGAAAUGUUCUUUAACUGUGCUGUCCAAAUGUAGUGACCACCAGACACACGUGGUUUUGACUACUUGAAUAAUGACUGGUAUAAGUGAAGAACUUUUAAUUAAGGAUUUUUUAAAAUUUUUUAUUGUUAUGUUAAUCACCAUACAUUACAUCAUUAGUUUUGGAUGUAGUGUUCCAUGAUUCAUUGUUUGUGCAUAACACCCAGUGCUCCACACAGAA